GCAUAGGAAGUUAGAAUAAAAUAAAAAAGAAUCCCAUUUAUUAUCGCACCAUUACAAUGUCUCUUGACUCUCUUCUACCAUUGUCUCUCUUUCUCUUCUCGUUCUCCCACAACAUCAAAACCCAAACCCUAUUUUGAACAAACCCAAACUCAAACAUUGCAUUUUACAUGCAAUGGCGAGUGCAUGGGUGAAGUCAUGGCAGUGCAAGUCAAGAGCUUUCGAAGACGUUUACCAUCCACACCCCAAAAUCCUGAGUGCAGGUUGCAGAAAGAGCGUGGAGAGCAUCAAAGAACUGGUGGAUAUACCCAAGCCCAAGCCGAGGCCCAGAAAGCCCAAGCCCAAGCCCAAGCCACCUUUGGAGAAACAUCCAAGCUCGAAAUACCCAUCAUCAACAACCAAACCUGAAUUCGAAGCACGAACCACCAUGACACGUUCUCGAAGCAGCACUACGACAACGACAACCUCGUCGCGUGGCAUCAUUGAACUACCCGAAGGCCACCCUUCGCGCAACGUUGUCGAAAUCAUCUUCCACACAAGCUGGGGCCCCAAGCCCUUCCCGGGUCGGGUCGAACUGAUUUUCAAGGUGCAGAACGCGCCGCGCACCGUGGCGCGGUUCGAGGAGUUUCGCGAGGCGGUGAAGGCACGCGCCGCGGCGGGGCUCGCCGAGGGCAACGACGGCGAGGAGAACGCGCGGUGCAUCGCCGACGGGAACGAGGUCAUGCGGUUUCAUUGCUUGGGUUUUGCCGAGGACGGUGUACCCUACGACGGUGGUGGCUGUGCAUGGUCAUUUCCGGAGAAGAAGGGGGCGGCGAUUUGUACUUUCUCCGGAAGCGGCGGCGCGCAUGAGACAGCCGGCGGAGGAAAGGGGAGAAGGGCCAUGCUGGUUUGUCGGGUCGUGGCGGGUCGGGUCUCGAAGCAACUCGGGUUUCUUGACUCGUUGUUGGACAAGCGAGUCGGGUUCGACUCGGUGAGUGGGGAUAACGGCGCGUUGUUAGUGUUUGACUCGCGUGCGGUAUUGCCCUGCUUUCUUAUUAUUUACAGGUUGUAAAAAAAUGAAAAGAAAAUUUAUUUACCUAAUUUGUUUUUUUUUUUUAAAAAAAAAUGGAGAUGUAUGUAUGUUUAUGUAUCUACAGUAUUUUGAGUGUUGAGACUGAGAGCAUAGAGUUGUAGGAUCACAGUUCACAGCGGCCAUUUAUCGACGCAAUUUUUUUCUGUUUUGGUCAAAAUUAUAAUAUACUUAAAACUUGUUUUCUGUAAUUACGAGGAAAUUGGGUUGAUAAAUGCUCGCUCGGAAUUUGAAUGUUUCAUUUGUUUGUAUGGUUGCCUCCAUCUUUUAUGAGAGGAUAAUGAUAUUAUUGAGUGUGAAUCCAAAUGAUUUAUGCGUUGUGUUUUAAA